UAAUGAAAUUGUUAUUAGGGAUAGGGAAUAACAAGACGCAGAUUCUGUGGACCCGAAAUAGAAGUUCUCAUCAACAGAAAUUAUUUGUUAUACCGCAAUCAUGGAAGGAUCAAAAAUUAAUUACUAUUAAUUACUAUUAUUUGUUAUACCGAAGCUUGAUUUAAAAGAUUGUUCGGGUUAUUUGUGUUUAACACGAGCCCAAUAAUAAUCAAAUUAAGCUGAAUUUAGAUCCAAAAACGAUGAAUCAAGCGCCCAGGCCCGCUGCCUGGCUCUUUUGCACCCCAACCACCAGCAAGUAGUCGAGUUCAAUUGUCUCUUCCUCACCCUGACGUCACCACUAUUCCUCCCGCUCACAAAACAUUCUCAUCCCGAGCGGAGGCCCUGGCCGCUUAACGCUCUGCAUCCCCCAAGAAACGCUUCACCACUUUCCAUCCCAAAAAAAAACUUCACCACCUUUCAUCCGCAGCCUUACGUGAAGCCGCCAAUUCCAUCCGCGGAUAAUACUUUACCGAAAAAACGAGAGAAAAAUUGGGAAGCCGAAAGGAAAAAAAAUGGAGAGCCGAAAGCUUAUAAAAACCAACAAAUGUUUUUUUCAAGAAAUAAACACCAAAAAAUGUUACCCUGCGGCCUUUUCUCCCUACUACUGCCUCUCCUCUUCCUCCUCCGAUCCACCACGAUCUCCACCUCCGGUGACCGCACCUGUAUCUCACUCCACAUGUACCGCUACCUCCUCCUUUCCUCCCUAUUAGUUUUAACAUGGAGUCCGAGUCCGGUCACCGGUGCGCCCCAGGCCAACCUCUUAAACUUCGGCUGCAGCCAGUACAACGUCUCCGACUCCGCCGUCUUCUUCGCCAACCUCAACGCCAGCUACGCCGACCUUCGCGCGCAGAUCUCCAACUCCUCCUCCUCCUCCUCCUUCGCCACCGCCCAGCACCCGCGCGCCUCCGACCCCGUCUACGUCCUCUUCCAGUGCCGCCCCUACCUCUCCCGCGCCGACUGCCUCGCCUGCCUCGCGGCGGCGGAGGCCCGGAUCCACAACUGCUCCGCCGCCAACGGCGCCCGCGUCACCCUCGACGGCUGCUUCCUCCGCUGCGAGAGCUCCCUCUUCUUCGACCAGGGCACCCUCCCCGGCAACGUCGGGAUUUGCAGCGGCCGAACCACGCCGAACGCGGCGGCGGCCGUGGGGCUGGUGCGCAACCUCGUCGUCGCCACGCCGCGGAUCGCCGGGUUCUUCGCCGCGGCGGAGAGGGGCGGGGUAUACGGGGCGGCGCAGUGCGUGGAGACGGUGAACAAGAGAGGGUGCUCGCAGUGUCUUCAGGUGGCGCUCAAGAAUAUCCAGGGGUGCCCGCCGGACUCCGACGGGAGGGCGGUGGAUGCAGGGUGCUUUCUGAGGUACUCCAACGCCGCCUUCUUCCCGGCCAAUGAGACGGUAGAUCUUGCUCCCUUCUUGGAUUCAGGGGUGUUGAACAAACUGGAAGCCAUCAUUGGAGGAGUUGUAGGUGGAGUUGCGGGUCUGAUGCUUCUAGGUCUGGUGGCAUUCAUGUGGGUCAGACAGUCAAAAAGGCCCGAGAAGGCUCAAAAAGGAGACAUAUUAGGGGAAACAGAACUCCAGGUUCCAUUGAACUUUCAUUACAAGGAUCUGAAAAUUGCAACAAAGAAUUUCAGCGAGGAAAAUAAACUGGGAGAAGGAGGCUUUGGAGAGGUAUACAAGGGGGUACUGAAAAAUGGCAAAAUAGUUGCGGUGAAAAAACUGGCAAUUGCUAGAACCAGCAGGGCAAAGGCUGAUUUCCAGAGUGAGGUGAAGCUUAUAAGCAUUGUUCAUCACCGAAAUCUGGUUCGUCUUCUUGGAUGUUCUAGUGAAGGCCCUGAUCUGCUGCUUGUUUAUGAGUACAUGGCAAAUAGCAGCCUUGAUAAGUUCCUAUUUGGUGACAGACAUGGAACCCUCAAAUGGAAACAAAGAUUUGAUAUAAUUGUUGGGAUGGCUCGAGGUCUUGCAUAUCUGCAUCAGGAAUUCCAUGUCCGUAUCAUACACCGUGAUAUAAAGUCUAGUAAUAUACUACUUGAUGAGGAUUUUCAGCCCAAAAUUGCAGAUUUUGGCCUGGCAAGGCUUCUUCCAAGCGAUCAGAGUCAUCUCAGCACCAAAUUUGCAGGAACCUUGGGUUAUACAGCACCUGAGUAUGCAAUUCAUGGACAGCUAUCUGAGAAAGUUGAUACAUACAGCUAUGGAGUUGUUGUCCUUGAAAUAGUUAGUGGUCGGAAGAGCAAUGACAUAAAGCUUGAGCCUGAGACUCAGUACCUUCUUGAAUGGGCUUGGAAACUAUAUGAAAAUGGGAAGUUGAUCGAUCUGGUGGAUGGAACCUUGGAUCCAAAUGGAUAUAGGCCAGAAGAAGUUAAGAGAGUUAUUGAGAUAGCUCUCCUUUGCACCCAGUCCACAGUGGCUGCAAGGCCCACCAUGUCUGAGGUCGUUAUUUUGCUGCUGAGCAAUGGCGGACCUAUGCUGCAGCCUACAAGCCCUACCUUCAUAGAUGCAACAAGUAGGGUUCGUGGAGACAUAUUCUCCUCCACUGGCUUAUCUUCUUCAUACAACGUGACUGCUUCCAUAUCACAACUUUCAGCCCGAUGAGGUUGCUAUCAUGAAUUAGAAAUGAUUCUCAGGUAAACAAUAAGGAGGACUAUUAGAAGCUGGAGCAUGCAGAGGACAUGUAAAUAGCUGGAGCAUGGAAUCUUUGCAAUGUAAUAUGAAAGGUGAUUUUAGUUUCAAAUUUGUGGAUUGCUUGGUCAGCAUUUGAAGCAGUGUAUUACAGUGUCAUGCGUGACAUUGUGCAGCUCCAAGGAUAAGUGUUUGCAGUAAAUAAGACUUAAGAUUGGCUAUAAACAUGUUAGAUGAUUGUGUCCUCUAUUCUCUGAGAAAAGGCCUGGAAUUUUAGCAGUUGGAGCAAAUUUUAGAAUCACCACUGAGCAUUUUGAGUAUUGGAUGAUUGGCCUUGAGGAUUAGUUCGAUGAUUUAAAACACCAGCUUUUGAAGGUCCCUUGUUACAUUACAUGUACAUGAUUGGUAUUUGAAUUUUGAUUAUUUAGCCAUCAUCCGAUUACAGUGGCCAUUGUAUUGUAAGAAUAAUGGCUAUUUUGUUUUAAAUUUUUACUGCA